AUGAACUGGAUUGCAUGGAUUUUGAUAUACCUUCUCACUAUUAAUCCGAUCAUUAACCCACUAAUUACUUCAUUAAUCUAUGCACCGUACCGUAUGACUAUAAAAAAAUUCCUUGUAAAUAUACCCGUCGGUAAUCGACCGUUCUACAAUUAUCAGGGAGAGCACCUGCAUUUAGACAGCAGCUUCACAUCGGUUCGUCGCAGUCGUAAUCGUCGCUCCUCAUCGACAGAAUCGGCCAGUUUAAGGCAGUCAACCGAGGUUCGAAUGUCUAUGGGCGAGCCGUGGACACCGUCCAAAAGCCCUUCGAAAGAUCGCGCUGAACAAGAGUUUUCCUUCGACAAGAAAAUGGAAGUAAUCACUGAAGAUUCUCAAUCGCGAUGA